AUGGCCGGCGUCGGCGCACGCUACGGCCCUCCGGUGGAUCCCUGCAUCGCGCUUGGCCGCGCCCACUGGAUCAGGUCUCUCCGAUCGCCCGCCGACCGCCGGGCGGGAUUCGAAUCGUCCGCCUCGGCAUCCCGCCGCACUCUGCAGAGGGCCGCGGGGGAGGAGGUCCCGGGGGCCCUCUCCUCGGCCGUGGUGACCGACGACAAUGUUCCGGAGGGCCACCAGGGGCUGCACGGGUAUUUGUAUGGGGAGGGGGGGGCGGAUGAGCACGAGGGGAGGGCGUAUGAGUUCAGGAGGGGGGAGGACGACGGCUCGACUACGCUGCCGGUGUCCGCCUACCUGGAGACCAGGGAUGGGGAGAAGCCCGUGGGGGUGUAUGCGCUGUACGACGUCGACAGGAAUUUGCAGUACGUGGGAUUCUCGAGGAACAUCGUGCUGGCAGUCAAGGCGCACGCCGGGAGGGUUGGAGAGGAUCGGUGCGCCUUCAUCCGGCCGAUGGUUUUCAUGAACAGGGCGAUGGCGACACGGUCGAACCUGGAGCGCGAGGCGCGCAACUGGAUGGACCAGGCGGGGACGGUGCCGCCCGGGAAUGGCGUGGAGGCGCAUCUGUGGGAGGGGUCGGAGGGCGUGAAGAGCAUGUCGUCCAGGGAGUUGGAGGAGUACGAGGGCAAGAAGCUGAAGCUCAGGAAGGCGAUGGGGGAGAACCUGCACGACGACGUGGCCGGGGAGACGGCCGGCGCGAAGGAGAGGAGGAUGAGGACGAUUCGGGCGGUGGAGGGGGACGACUGGAGCGCGGUGAUCGACGAGCAGACGCGGCAGGCCGCGGGAGGGGCGCCGGAGCCGGUGAUCAGCCCAUUCGCGCGGGCGCAAGUGCACAGGAAGAUCGGAAACGCCAGCCAGAGGGCGGAGCUGACGGUGGAGAACGUGGAUGCCGCCCUGGAUGAGGUGCGGCCGUACUUGAUCUCGGACGGGGGGAACAUCGAGGUGGCGGGCGUGCAGGGCGGCACGGUGCUGGUGCGCCUGCAGGGCGCCUGCGGGACCUGCCCCUCGUCGACGGCGACCAUGAAGAUGGGGAUCGAGAGGACGCUGAGGGCGUCCUUUGGGGACAGGCUGAAGGAGAUCAUUCAGGUGGACCAGCAGGAUACCAGCGCCAGCGCGGCCAGCGUGGAUGAGCACCUGAACAUCCUGCGUCCCGCCAUCGAGGGGUAUGGGGGCCACGUGAGGGUUGUGGGGGUGGAGGAGGGGGUGUGCGAGCUGCAGUUCAAGGGUCCGAUGCCCAUCAGCAAGGGCAUCGAGGCAGCAAUCAAGGACAAAUUUCCAGAUGUUCGGAAGGUCAACUUUGUGGACUGGCAGUGA